AUGUCACCAGAGGUCAAGUCUAUCUCGCCCUUUGGCAUUGCUCGUUCAACUGUCCAGGGCGAGCCUCUCUCCAAGGAGGAGAUCCAGCAGUACAAUGACUUUUUCAAAGCCAGCUGUUACCUCUCCUUGGGUAUGAUCUAUCUCAAGGAGAAUCCUCUUCUUAGACAACCCCUCAAAGCCGAGCAUCUCAAGCUUCGACUACUUGGUCACUUUGGCUCAGCCCCUGGCCAGAUCUUCACAUAUAUGCACUUCAACCGUCUGAUCAUAAAGCACGAUCUUCAUGCUCUCUUCAUCUCUGGUCCUGGACAUGGUGCUCCUGCUGUCCUUUCUCAGUCUUACCUCGAGGGUGUCUAUACCGAGGUCUACCCCGACAAGACUCUCGACGACGAGGGUAUGCAAAAGUUCUUUAAGAGCUUCUCAUUCCCUGGAGGAAUCGGCUCGCAUGCCACCCCCGAAACUCCCGGAUCCCUCCAUGAGGGUGGUGAGCUGGGUUAUUCCGUCUCACACGCUUUCGGUGCCGUCUUUGAUAACCCUGACCUGAUUGCUCUUACUAUGGUUGGUGAUGGUGAAGCUGAAACUGGUCCUCUUGCUACUGCCUGGCACAGUAACAAGUUCCUCAACCCAAUCGUUGAUGGCGCCGUCCUACCUGUUCUUCACCUCAAUGGUUACAAGAUCAACAACCCUACUGUUCUUGCUAGAAUCUCUCAUCGAGAACUUGAGUGCCUCUUCAUCGGUUACGGCUGGCAGCCCUAUUUUGUUGAAGGCGAUGACAUCGAGUCUAUGCACCAGGCAAUGGCUGCUACUCUUGAGCACUGCGUGGACGAGAUUCGAAAGAUCCAGAAGGAGGCUCGUGACUCCGGAGAGGCUGUGCGACCUCUGUGGCCCAUGAUCGUUCUUCGAAGUCCCAAGGGGUGGACUGCUCCCCGCAAGAUUGACAACAAUUACCUGGAGGGUUACUGGCGAGCUCACCAGGUCCCUAUCGCAGACCCCGCCACCAACCCUGCCCAUCUCAAGGUUCUUGAGGACUGGAUGCGAAGCUAUGAGCCUGAGCGCCUUUUCGAUGAGAAUGGUGCACCUAUUGCAUCGCUCCGGGCUCUUAUUCCUCAAGGUAACCGACGAAUGAGCGCUAACCCUGUCGCCAAUGGUGGUCUUCUCAGGAAGCCCUUGAAGAUGCCCGACUUCAGGGACUAUGCCAUCAAGGUGGAGAGCCCCGGAAAUGUCAUGAAUGCUAGCAUGACCAACAUGGCUGUAUUCCUCAGGGAUGUCAUGGCCACCAACCAAACCAACUUCCGUCUCUUUGGUCCCGAUGAGACUGAGUCCAACAAGCUUGGUGGUGUCUACGAUGCUGGAAAGAAGGUCUGGAUGGGCGAGUACUUUGAAGAGGAUGACAAUGGUGGCAACCUCGCCAAGGCUGGACGUGUUGUCGAGAUGCUUUCUGAGCACAACUGUGAGGGUUGGCUCGAGGGUUACCUCCUGAGUGGUCGACAUGGACUGCUCAACAGCUACGAGCCUUUCAUCCAUGUCAUUGACUCCAUGGUCAACCAGCACUGCAAAUGGAUCGAGAAGUGUCUCGAAGUUGAGUGGCGUGCCAAGAUUGCUUCUCUCAACAUCCUAUUGACUGCUGUCGUGUGGCGUCAGGACCAUAACGGCUUCACACAUCAGGAUCCUGGUUUCCUUGAUGUUGUCGCCAACAAGAGCCCCGAGGUUGUCAGAAUCUACCUUCCUCCUGAUGGCAACUGUCUGCUUUCCGUUAUGGACCAUUGCCUUCGAUCCGUCAACUAUGUCAACGUUGUCGUGUCAGACAAGCAGGAGCAUCUCCAGUACCUGCCCAUGGAUGCUGCCAUUGAGCACUGCACCAAGGGCAUCGGUAUCUGGCCCCAGUUCUCCACUGAUGCUGGACAGAACCCCGACCUGGUCAUGGCCUCUUGCGGUGACAUCAGCACUCACGAGUCUCUGGCUGCUAUUGAUCUCCUGCUUGAGCAUUUCCCCGACCUCAAGAUUCGCUGCGUCAACGUUGUUGAUCUCUUCAAGUUGAUUCACCCCAGCGAUCAUCCCCACGGCCUUACAGACUCUGAGUGGACCAGCCUCUUCACUGAUGACACUCCCGUCAUCUUCAACUUCCACAGCUACCCAUGGAUGGUGCACCGCCUGACAUACAAGCGCCCCGGCAGCCGCAACCUGCACGUUCGUGGUUACAAGGAGAAGGGCAACAUCGACACCCCUCUCGAGUUGGCCAUCCGCAACCAGACUGAUCGUUUCAGUCUGGCCAUCGAUGCUAUCGAUUGGAUGCCUCAGCUUCGCAACCGUGGCGCUUCAGCUCGCCAGGCUCUUCUGAACUCCCAGAUCCAGGCUCGCAACGAGGCCUUUGAGACAGGAAUGGACCCUGCCUUCCUCAAGAACUGGACUUGGAAGCGUAAUGGCCUGUGGAAGAAGGUCAGCGAAGGCCUAGCUUCACGAUAG